CAACGUCCCCAAACUUAUAACGCCAAUCCCGUAUAUCUACCAAACGGAGCUACUGGGGGAAAUACUGGGCUGCCCCCAGGAGCUGCGCCUUUACUUCCAAAUAAUGGUCGUAUUAUUCAGAAUGGAGGAGUUAGAAUACUGUGUGUGGCAGAUGUACGAGGAAACCUAAAAUCUCUAAAUGACCUGGCUAAGCAAGCACGCGCCGAUCACAUAAUACACACGGGGGAUUUCGGAUUCUACGAUGGCACUUCGCUGGAGCGCAUCGCAGAGAAAACAUUGAAGCAUGUAGCCCAAUACUCUCCUCUUAUAUCAGAAACAGUUAAGAAAACCAUAGCAGCUUCUAAUGGGCCAGUUAAAACGCGAUUUAAUCACACAGAACUUCCGUUAUCCGAACUUCCCCUGUUUCUCAACGGUAGCUGCAAACUCGACGUUCCAGUUUACACUGUCUGGGGUGCGUGUGAAGAUGUACGAGUACUUGAAAAGUUCAGAUCAGGAGAGUAUAAAGUUGAUAAGCUUCAUGUUAUCGAUGAAGCUCGUUCAAUGUUGCUGGAGGUCGGUGGUGUUAAGUUGCGACUUCUUGGUCUAGGUGGUGCUGUUGUCAUGCACAAGCUUUUUGACAAUGGAGAAGGACGAACAACAAUUGCCGGUGGUCAAGGUACCAUGUGGACUACCCUUUUACAAAUGGGUGAGCUAGUGGACACAGCAAACAGGGUUUACGAUCCUACGGAAACCAGAAUAUUCAUUACUCACGCCUCACCGGCGCGUGAAGGAAUUUUAAAUCAGUUAUCAGUCACUCUGAAAGCUGAUUUUUCUAUAUCUGCUGGCCUGCAUUUUCGCUACGGAAGCUCUUACAACGAGUUCAGUGUCAACCCAACUCUUGAUCAUUACCGCGGCAAGCUUGCUGCAUCGAAAGCGUCUUUCAACGAUGUCUGGGAAACGGUCAAAGGUGAGGUUCAGCCCGCCAUAGCCCAAAAUGAAGCUCAGCAAAAUCUUCUUCAAAAUGCCCUGGGUGUAGUUGACAAGAUGCCAAGUACAGCUCUUGGUGGAAACCCUUUUGGCGGACCAGUAGGCGGGACUAACACUUCAGCAAUUGGCCAGGUAGAUGAAAGUGCUUUCAAAAACCUGUGGAACUUCAACUUGGCUGACGCGGCUUUUGGCUGGCUGGUAUUGGAGGUACAAGACAGUCGAAUUGGAACUGAGAUGAAAGCUCAGGGUUUUAACUUUGCGCACAGAGGAGCGAAGCAAACCUCAGGUAUCCAACCUUCUGCGGCUGCUUCUGGAACGGCUGGACCGAGCCAACCUCUAACAGCAGCUCCCAGUUUAGCGGGGUCCUCUCAACAAGCUUCUCACCCACAAGCUGCAUCACAAUCAUUUAAUCAGGGCCAGUCGCGCCUCUCUCAAACACAAACUUCUCGUGUUCCUAUAACUCAUGAAGCCAUACCUCCGCCAACAUCUCAACUGCAACAAAAUUCAUCCACCCCAGCCCCUCAGCAAAGUACAGCCGAAACACUCCCUGAAAAGGUUGAAAAUGAAAACACACAGGCUACUGGAGAGGAGACGGGCACAAAUGGCGUUGAAUCCACAUCUUCCGUCACCAAGUCACAGCCUGCAGAAAUUAUUGGUUUAUUUAUAAUGAACGUAACUACGGAUGAAGCAGUACGAGAAUUAUUUAACGAUGAAGAUAGAGAAAAGAUUACCAGGAUCGAGAAAUGGGGACAAUCCAAUAAAGUCGCCCAUUUCAAAUCCUUUCAGGAGCGGGACACUGUUUUAGCUAAUCUCCCAGACGAUGUAAAGCUGAGGGCCGGGGAGGACCGCAGUAGGCCAUUGGUCAAGGUUUUUCAAGUCCGGGAGAGUAACAAGAGUUACUCAAAUAGCCGAGGUGGAGUCGGCAAUUGGGGCAGCGGAAGAACCGGAAAUACUGGGCCUCCACACGGUGGAUACCGUAGUGGUGGUGGUGGCGCUAGCGAUAGUGAAGGCGGUCGAGGAGGCCGAGGGGGACGUGGUGGGCAAAGAGGUAGAGGAGGCGAGCGUGGGCGAGGGCGAGGGAGAGGUUUCAAAAGUGACUCCUCGCCCGUAACGACCAACGCUACCCCGGCUCCAACUGGGGACGCGUAA